AUGCAGUAUAUUCAGUCACAACAAGGAAAACUUUUACUACCGUUAAAUAGUUUCUUAUAUAGAAAAGAAAAAAUACAUAAAGAUGUUGAAUAUUGGCGAUGUAUAGACAAACUAUGUACAGGGCGUUUGAAUUUAAAACACGGCGAAAUUAUUAAAGGCCCUUCUGAUCAUAAUCAUGUUGCUGAUAUAAUUAAAAAUCAAGCGAAAGUAGUAGUCGAAAAUAUUAAAAAGCGUGCCGUUGAAACUCGAGAUAAUCCUGCAGUUAUAAUAGGUGAGUCGUCUUCUUCUACAGUUCCAAUUGUUUUUGGUGCACUUCCACAGAUCGCACACUUGAAACGUACAAUUCAAAGAACGAGACAAAGAAAUUGCUUAGCUCCACCUAAUCCACAAAUUCUCGAUGAUUUACACCAAUUGCCAAUUGAAUAUAAAUUGACUACUCAUGGUAAACAAUUUGUUUUAUAUGACAGUAUCGAUGACUAUGGUUUGUCAAACAAACGAAUUAUAAUUUUUUGUACAUCCGAUAGUUUGGAUCUGAUGUCGGAAUCCGAUCACUGGUUUUCUGAUGGUACUUUCAAAUCAGCUCCACCUAUUUUUAAUCAAAUCUAUACAAUACACAUAUUAAAAUAUGAUAGAUGUAUACCAACAUUAUAUGCACUAUUACCCGAUAAAAAAUCAUCUACUUAUGUCAGUUUAUUAAAAAAAUUAAAAAAAAAAAAAAUAGUUUAA